AUGGAGGAGACACACCGUCACGUCAAAACGAGAGAAAAAACUCGCUCACUGAAAAGAAAAGACAAAAACUGUUUCACCUGCACUCAGUGUGGAAAGAGUCUAUCAAACAAAAAGAGUCUCCGACGUCACAUGAUGAUCCACACUGGAGAGAAACCAUUCACAUGUUCUCAGUGUGGGACCAGUUUCAGACACUCAUCAAACCUUAAUUAUCACAUGAUGAUCCACACUGGAGAGAAAACACACAAGUGUGAUCAGUGCAGCAAAACAUUUUUGAUGGCUUCAGGGCUGAGGAGCCACCUUCAGAUUCAUGGAAAGGAGAAGCCUUAUUCGUGCUCUGUGUGUGGAAAGGGUUUCAGACAUCAAGAUGGUUUAAGAAAUCAUCAGAAGAUCCACACCGGUGUGAAAGAGUACAUGUGCUUCGAGUGUGAGAAGACCUUUCGUACGGCUGAAAAAUUGAAAAUCCAUGAGAGAAUUCACACUGGAGAGAAACCUUACAUUUGUUCACUGUGCAAUAAGAGAUUCAGUCGGCUAGAACAGAUGAAAAUACAUGCGAGGAUUCACACUGGAGAGAAACCGUACAAGUGUUCACACUGUGACAAGAGGUUCGGUUAUUCAGGAAUCCUGAAAAAACACGAGAGGAUUCACACUGGCGAGAAACCGUACAAGUGUUCACACUGUGACAAGAGAUUCAGUGAUUCAGGACAUCUGAAAACACAUGAGAGGAUUCACACUGGAGAGAAACCGUACAAGUGUUCACACUGCGACAAGAGAUUCGGUUAUUCAGGAAUCUUGAUAAAACAUGAGAGGAUUCACACUGGAGAGAAACCGUACACGUGUUCACACUGCGACAAGAGAUUCAGACAGUUAGGAGGCCUGAAAACACAUGAGAGGAUUCACACUGGAGAGAAACCGUACAUUUGUUUACACUGCGACAAGCCAUUCAGACAGUUAGGACAGCUGAAAAAACAUGAGAGGAUUCACACCAGAGAGAAACCUUAAAAGCAAGGUGUAAUUUUUGCCAGGCAAAGCUCGAUCCAGCACUUCUGAAAUUUGGUCCUACGCCUCAUUAUUGUAAAUGAAUAAUUAAAUACAGUAUGUUGCGUGCUUUCUUUGUAAGAAGAAUUUAGUGUAAGAGGGCACGUCAUUUCACAGAAUGGCUUGAUUCAAACACUCGACUGAAGCUAAUA